AUGAAGUUAACAUUUGUUGUUUUGUGUGCUAUUGGAUACGCAGAAAGUUGCGACUUGCAUCACAUUGCAAACAAAGCACAUGCGAACACUAUUCGACCAUUUCCUGAAGUUCUGAUGAUUGACGCAACGCACGGGACGAACCGGUCUAAGUAUAAAGUUUUUUCAUUCAUGGCACACGAUACGUUCGGCAAGGGCCAGUUUGUGCAGCACGCGCUGCUUCAAAAUGAGCGCUAUGAAACCCUGUUGACAGCGACAGAGGAAUUCAAAGCGAACAAUCCUGCGUGGUCAAGACUUCAAUGUGUGCUGGUGGAUAAGGAUUUCACAGAACUGUCCGUACUUGAAAAGGCAUUUCCUGGGGUGACAGUCUUACUUUGCCAAUUUCACGUGCUGAAGUACCUACGGGAAGAGAUUGCUUCAGCUGACUAUGGCUUUUCGAGGUCUCAGAAAGAGCAACUUGGCGGUGUUGUGAGCUUACUUGUCUACGCAAAAACGGAAGCAGAGUACGACAAACGCCUCCAGUACAUGGUGCAUCUUGCGUCGAUUGGUUAUGCCGGUCCAGUUGCGAAUGAUCGAUCUGGUAUCGUAGUCGGUGUGGAGUCGGGCUCAGUCGGUGUGGAGUCGGGCUCAGUCGGUGUAGAAGUCACAGAUCAUGAACUGGAAGAUAUUUCUUCUCGCAUUGAUAAACAUCCUUUUGUGAAGUACUUUCGAAAGAAUUGGGACAGCUGUCGUGAGCUCUGGUGUGCACAUAGGCGCCAGAAUACCGUCACACUCGGCAAUAAUACCAACAAUCGCCUAGAAGCCUCUUGGAAGCAUCUUAAAGAGUGGGUGGAUUCGUUUAUGGGGGUGUAUGAGUGCAUCGCUUCGACCAUGUACUAUCAAACGUUACAAGAGCGAUUGUUCAUUGCAGAAGUAUACAAGAAUGUGACCGUCCAGCAUCCUGAUUACGACAGCGAGAUGACACUGGUGGCGAAUAUUGUCAGUGAGCAUGCUUGUGAACUUAUAUUCGGGCAGUAUUCGUAUGCUAUUGGAUCUGCGUCGUACACGUUUUAUGAGGGGUGCCCAGACGUGUAUUUUAUCAAGAGUAUAUCUACAGCUGAUGACGCGCUGGACGAGAUGAACGCCGAGUAUUCAGUUACUAAGCGCGAAUGGAAGUACUCCUGUCUAUUCAUGUGCACGAGAUUGCUACCCUGUCGACACGUUUUCUACCUCCGAAAGGCUCUUGGUCAGGCGACAGUCAUCCCCACACUACUGUUAAACAGGCGGUGGCUGUUGUCUACUGUGCGUGCGGCGAUUGAAAAUUCAAGUGUCGUCUCUGACACAGCGGAGCCAAAGUCUUUUGAGGUAAAAAAUGUGAUAUCCUCACAGGCGAGACCGUGGGACUCGAGCCGCAAAUAUCGUGAAGCACUGCAAUUUGCAUCCCAAAUUUGUGACACCAUGGCGGGACUCGGCAUGACGCAGUAUAAAGAAGCGAUGCAGUAUCUUCAAAGUGUGACUGGGCGGUUCAAGAGAGGCAAAUUCGAGGAUCCCGGUGUGCCAAUUUUACCACCAGCUGAAUCUGAGCGUCACGGUUCGACUAGCAGCUCGCGCGAUGAUGCGCUGUCGCCGCCACUACUUACUGGUCACGAUCCGACUGCACGGCCGACUCACCACGUGUCGACAGAACUGCUUACUCGUCAUGCGGAUACAGUAAAUGUGAGUCAUGUAUCCCCAACUGUCUCUGAGUCUGACCAUGCCACAAGCUGCAACUCCGUCGAAACAACACAGGUUGCAGAUUUAUCGGUCCAGUCGGUCUCGAUCGGAGGCCAAUCGGGCUCAAUCGGGGGCAUAUCAGGUCCAGUCGAGGAAGAAUCGGGUCCAGUCGGGGAAGAAUUGGAUACAGUCGGGAAAGAAUUGGAUACAGUCGGGGACGUUGAAUUAAGCACACUACCACCAGCAGCGGAGGACACGCCAUUUGUGAUAGCGAGUCCUCCAAGAUCGCGAGGACGACCAAGACAGACAGCCAGAUCAAAGAAGGCAGCUCGUAAAAAAACUGUCAUUGUAGCUCAAGAAGACUCAGAGCUGUACGCUUCGAAUUUAAGCUUGGCGUCCGUGGAUGCAGCGCUGUCUUCGGAUGCAACAUACAUAUCGUCAGCUGCAGCUGUGAACAAGUUCAAAAUGGUGGAGUAUGGCUUCAAGUUCAAGACACCUACAGCACGAACAAUAUCGAGCUUGCCACCCACAAUCGCUUUGAUACCAGCAGAGUCGAUCACGCGGAUAUUGCGCCCUGAACAAAUUGCCAUUUGCAGGAAAAAGGUUUCGGCUCUGCAGUCGAAGCACAAAGGCCUAGCAGAAAGUGCCGUGGCGCUGGAUAUUUCAGGCUUUGGUGCGUACUCAACGAGUACAAUUGGGAUCAUGAAUAGGUGGCACAUGGCAAUAAAGGUGGUAAAACAGGUCGAGAAGGCUGUGAAGUGGGUCGAAAUCAUUGACUUCACACUCCCAAUGCCUGCUGCGUUUCAAGUGGUGCUACAGACGGAUAUGCUGUCAAAGAUGCAGUCAAUCCCGCUUUUGUCUGCAAAGGUACGUCGACGAAAUCAUGCCAUCACUACAACACUUUCUAACUAA